AUGUAUGCAGUUCGUGGAGGAAAACUUAGUUUAAAAGGUGUCGAUGAUCGUUCAAAGAAAAGAAAAAAACAUUCAUCAUCAUCAUCCUCAAAAAAACAAAAACCACUAAAUGAUAAUGAAGAAGAUGAUGGCGAACAAGAUUAUGUUCAACAUGGUAGUUGGUGGAAAGUAUCGAAAUUUCAUGAAAUCACUGGAAAUGUUGCUAUUGAAUUCGGUACAAAUAGUUAUGCUCAUUCAUUAGAUAAUGGUUUGUUUUGUGUUGGUCCAACACGACCAUUUGGUGAAGGUCCUGAACAAGAACAAAUUUUAACAGCUAUUCGUAUAUCAGAUAAUAAAGUUGCAUUCAAAUCUGGUUUUGGAAAAUAUUUAGCAAUUAAUAAAAAUGGUUUAGUUAUUGGUCGUUCAGAUGCUAUUGGAAUGCGUGAACAUUUUGAACCUGUAUUUGAAAAUGGAAACUUAGCUUUAUCAGCAUGUAAUGAUAAAUUUAUUCGUUUUAAUGAUGAAGGUGAUCUUGUUGCAAUGGAUGAUGGUGCAACCGAAGCAAAUUUUAUACAAAUACGUUCAAAUUCGAAACGUAUACUUGAGAAAGAUCAACGUCAAAAAGAAUUACCAGCUGAAGAACAAGGUUCAAUUCGGGAAACAGAAUUAAAUUAUGUUAAAAAAUUUCAAAAAUUUCAAGAUAAAAAAUUACGAAUUAAUCAAGGAGAUGUUAACGAAUUAGUUGAAGCAAAGAAAACUGGUACAUUACAUGAAGCAUUACUUGAUAGACGUGAACAAAUGAAAGCUGAUCGUUAUUGUAAAUAA